UUGGGGCGGCACCAAUAUAACUAUUCUCAAUAUGAAAAUCAGUAUUAGGAGAAAGGGACUAAAGCCUAAUGUAACCUAUUUUAGAGCCAACAAAUAAAACAAUUCUACACUGCCGGCUGUUGGCUGCUACACCAAUAAACAUCACCUACAAUAAUUGAAAACAUUACAAAGAUAUAAGUAGAGGGAAGAAUGAUCUUCUCUAGCAUUCACUUGAUAACUAAGUCUCUAUAGUAAAACAUAGAUAUAGACAUGGCUAAUUCUAGUCAUGUUAGGUCGAUUAGCUUUCCGUCUCGUUCACAGCCAGAGUAUCUAAGAGUUGAGAUUGAGCUAAACAGGCUCAAAACAUGGGAAUCAACAUCAAUUUCUUCAACAACAACCCCUUUUAGUUUAAACACCAUUCAACAAGGCCUUGUAGGUCUAGCAGAGUUGUAUAAUUGUGUUCAAGACCUUCUAGUGUCCCCGGUGAUUCAACAAGCUCUCCUCAUACAUCAAAUGGGACGAUUAGCGGAGGAAGCCCUUGAGGCCUCUGUUCGAUUAAUUGACUCGUGUAGCACGACGAGGGAACUAGUCUUGAUGAUGAAGGAACAAGUGCAAGAUCUUCAAUCAGCAUUGAGGAGAAAAUUAGGAGAUUCAAGCAUACAGAGUGUUUUUAUGUUUAAAAAUAUUCUUUGUUUAAAAAUAGUAAAAAUGACUAAGUUUCGGAAAAUCAAUUACGUCUCUGUAUAUCAGUGUAUACAGUCUGUAUAUCAGCCUGCUUUUCAACUUUCGAAAGUUGAAAGCUCCUUUUCAGCAGUGUAUCUGGAGGGCUAUCAACCCAGAUUUCGAUUUGUUGCUUCAUGUACGCCUGUCAACCUGUAUAUCAGUGUAUACAAUAUGUAUACAGAAGGUUCUAAUGAACCAGUAAUCAAUUUCCAGCAGUGCAUUUCUGCUGUUUUUCAACCUAAUCGUGAAGAAUCAAAAUUGGGUGUCAACAAGAGUUGCUUCAAUGCCUACAUAAGUUUAAGAAAAAAAUUGAAAAAGGAUAUAGCCAAGAGCCUCAAAGUACUAAAACAAAUAGAAAACAAGAUAGAAUCAUUUACUCAAGUUGAUUUAGAUCAAUCUGUAUCUAAGCUAUUUGGAGUACUAAGACAAGUAUCAAUCUUGACCAUCUCAGUCCAAAGUUCACAACUUUAUUUCUUGUCUUCGCCAGCUUCAAAGGCGAAGCAAAACGGGUGGUCUUUGCUAUCAAAAAUGCUUUUAACAAAAUCAAUAGCUUAUAAGGGAGAUGAAAAGACAAUCAAUGAGGUUGAAUGUGUUGAUCUUGCUCUCUGUUCUUACCUUCACAACAACGAUUAUAAAGUUGAUGUAUCGAUGAUUCAGAGAAAAUUGCAGAUAUUAAAUACAGGUCUUCAAGCUAUUGAGGCUGGCACAGAGUGCUUGUCAAGGCUAUUAAUCAGAAACAGAGUCUGCCUUCUCAACAUCCUUACUCCUUAGAAGAUAUUGUACAUUAGUAUUAAUAUUUAAGAAUUAAGGCAUACAUUUUUAUAAGCAUAUGCCUAUAUAUUCUUGAUCAUCAAUUUUUGUAAUAUUUGGAAGUGAAAUAUGCAAAACCAAAGUUCAAUCAUUCCUCUUUGCUAGUUUGUUAAUUUUGCAUUUCGAUUAAUAUUUUACUAUAUGACAGAUCCAAAAGAUAAUGAGACCCAUUCUUGUUGAAUUUUUUUUUUUCAUUACUACAAGGCUAAUUUUUGUUAACUGCUUCCCAAUAUUGAGGCCUAGAAAUGUGUCUUACCCUUCAACCAAGGUUAACAAGUGUCGAGCAUUGAAUGGAUUUCAAGAUCUAUAAAUACCAAAGUUUUACUAAAACAAAACAUCAACAAGCAAUUCAUAAUUUCUUCGACAAAUAGUUUGAUUUCUCACUCUGUAACACUACUUUCUCAAUUUCUAUUCCAAAACUCAUGGAUAACUCCCAGAACUUGAGCUACCAAGCUGGCCAAGCUAAGGGCCAAGCUCAGG